CAUGGGAUGAUAUGUCAAUGGGAGUUAAUUAAUGAGAGGAUACAGGCAGCAGAAUUUUGGAUGAACUUGAGUUACUGAAACGUGGAAAAUUGGUUACCAAUAAGCGAACAGAUAUGGGCCUGCUUUCGAUUUACUGUUGAAGCGUUGCACUAUGAGGAUUUGCAGGAUGGUUCGUAUGGCGAGUGUGCUGGGUUUGGUGAUGUUAAGCGUCGCUCUGCUUAUUUUAUCGCUGAUCAGCUAUGUCUCACUGAAAAAGGAUAACCUCUUCGCCACCCCACGAUAUCUAGGUUCAGCCGGCCCUAGGCUCUAUAUGUUACACAGUGGAUUUCGGUCACAGUUUUCUUUGAAAUUCCUGGAUCCUUCUUUUUUGCCGGCUGGAAGUGGCCUUAACGACAAUACUCGUGCCAAACCCGCAAAAUGGGCUUUCAACACAACUUCCUUUUUAAAGCAAAGGCAAGAGAUCAGUCGCUAUGUCGACAUUUAUAAAAAUUUCACUUUGCUUAAGAAAAACGUGCGAGUAGGACAGUUGCUGCACUACGAUUACUCUAACCACAAAUACGUUUUCUCAGUCAGCAAUAGUUUUCGAUCAUUGCUCCCCGACGUGACCCCUAUAUUAAAGAUGCAUUACAACACAUGUGCGGUGGUUGGGAACAGUGGGAUUCUAAUCGGGAGUCAUUGCGGAGCUGAUAUCGAUAAAACAGAUUUCGUGUUCCGCUGCAAUUUCGCCCCAACUGAAUCUUUUGAGGGAGAUGUUGGCAAAAAGACGAAUCUCACGACAUUCAACCCAAGCAUCCUAGAAAAGUACUACAACAAUCUCUUAACAAUCCAGGAUCGAAACAAGUUUUUCCUGAAUCUUAAAAAGUUGGAUGGAGCCAUUCUUUGGAUCCCUGCCUUUUUCUUCCACACUUCCGCUCCGGUGACAAGAACGUUAGUGGAUUUUUUUAUAGAAUAUAGAGCACAAUUGAAGGUCCAAUUGGCUUGGCCUGGGAACAUAAUGCAGCAUGUCAAUAAAUAUUGGAAAACCAAACAUCUAUCCCCAAAGCGUCUAAGUACAGGCAUCCUGAUGUAUACACUAGCGUCGGCCAUCUGCGAAGAGAUCCACUUGUACGGAUUUUGGCCUUUCGCAUGGGAUCCUAACACUGGAAAGGAAUUGCCAUAUCAUUACUACGACAAAAAGGGGACAAAAUUCACAACCAAAUGGCAAGAGUCCCAUCAACUACCAGCAGAAUUCAAGCUGUUGUUCAAGCUACACAAUGACGGCUUGACUAAACUGACUCUCUCACGUUGUGCCUCUUGAUAGGAUGCUUUUGAAGUGCCAAGUUAUUCCUUGUUCUCAUUCUUUGUUCCGUUUUUGAUUCCAAAUGCAUUUUGUACCCAAUGCGUUGAGAUCUCUAUAGGCGACGCUUCGUGAUACAUUUCUCAAAGUAAUUCCAACAGCUGUGGCACUGACGUGUUCAUGAGUUUUCGUGUACUGUGGUAGUAAAGCAUUUAUUUUGUAUUGGGAAGUAGCCGCAAGCAUUUGGAGCAGAAUUUGGGGGUGGGUGUGGUUCCCGUUAAAUGGGAGAUUGAAUAUAUUGAACCAUUGGAACAUGAUUAUAGAUGUCAGUUUAGCAGUUACCAGUGGCGACAGAACGUGGGCUGGCGAUAUUAGGCCCUCCCAAUAUAGCGACGGGCAGUGUAGGUCUCAGCAUUCUCUAAGCCUGGUAUUUUAAAAAUGGCACCCAAUCAAAUUAGACAUGGAUAAUAAAUGCUGGCUUUGCUACGGAUGCCCACGUCCCACCCUUAAAUAAUUCUAUGUUGCUGCCACUCAGAUCGUUUCAUAAGAUGCAUUGAGGAAAAGUAUUAAAGUCAGGAAAAUGUGUCCCAAUGAUUUCGCUCGAGCACUUUUGAUAUCUGACCUAUCAACCUAUUUCAAUGGUCCCAACAUCAUAAAACCACAGUCUGCAUGG